CAUAAUGAUGAUGAUGAUGUUACGAGGAAGAAAAGAAAAUACGGAGAGAGAAAUUCAAACCACUUUCACUGAAGUUUAUGUAUAUUAUAUUAGUACCUAUGGUAAGCUAAACGGGAAUCGGAAGGUGUGGGAAAUACACUUUUUACGAUUCCUGCACACAGUCCAGUGCGAUCUUCUGCACAUAUGUCAGGAACCAUGCAGAUCACAAGUUUAUUAUCGACAUUGCUGCAGACGACGGUCGCCGUGUUAAUGAUGUGCCAGAGCGGUACAGAAGCGGCACCAGCCGAAGGGCUCACGCCUUUUGGUUUCCUCAUGGCCAGGGCUUACGGACAACCGGCUGUAAAUCCUGUGAUGCGUCACAUAGCGUUCAAGCCCAGUGACGGGGCCAAAUUUCGAGAAUCGUUCGAAAAAAAACACGGACCCCGUGGACGGGAUCUGAUCGACAGCUUGGGACGGGGUUCCUACAAGACUGGCGAGGCGACAGCGGUGAACCAAUUGCAGAACACGGACAUCACGAUUUCAGGAGAAGCUUCCAAUAAAUCUUUAGUAAUCAAGAAGUCUUUAGAACCCCUACGUACAAAACAAUGAUUUCAACAAAACGAAUUUUGCUCCUGUAAAUUCAAGUGAAUAUUGUUUUAAAUACAUCGUGAUCGUGUACAAAUCCUUCCAUUGUGAAAACUAACCGUAUAAUGGUCUUGAUGAAGAUUGAUUGUUCAAAACCAAUGUAGAUUGGUUAGUGAUAAAAUUAAUUUAGAUAAAACCUUUUGCUGUUAACCUAUA